GGAGCCUUAGUACUAGUUAUUUAACACAGUAUUAAUAGUGCAAGGUCAAUUCAAAGGAAGUCUGAAGCCACCAUGGAGACAUUGAAGAGGUUACAGUCAGGCUGGUGUUUUCCUACUGUGGUCCUAUGUGUAUAUGGAUUCUUCACCACAGUGAAACCAAUAGAGCCAUUUCUGACUCCAUAUCUCACAGGACCAGAUAAAAACCUAACAACAGAAGAGGUAACAAAUAAAGUUCUUCCAGUGUGGACAUACUCCUAUUUGAUUGUCCUGAUCCCAGCGUUCCUGGCAACUGACUAUCUACGAUAUAAACCAGUUAUCAUUUUACAAGGGCUCAACUUGAUUAUUACAACGUUAAUGCUCUUGUGGGCAGAAGGAGUGCUGGCUAUGCAGUUUACGGAGUUCUUCUACGGAAUGGUAACUGCCAUGGAUGUGGCAUACUUCUCCUACAUCUACAGUGUCGUAGAAUUGGAGCACUACCAGAAGGUGACCAGCUACUGCAGGAGCGUACAGCUUGUUGGUUACACUGUAGGCUCAGUGCUGGGUCAGGUCUUGGUUACUUUCAGUCUCAUGUCUUAUUUUUACAUCCUCGUCAUGACACUAGUCUUCAUAUGCAUCGCUCUCCUUUCCUCCUGUUUCCUGCCCAUGCCAAAGAGAAGCAUGUUCUUCCACCGGAAGGAGACUCUUCAGGAUGGAGGACAGACUCAGGCACCUUCACCCCAGCUCAGUGACCCAGACACUCCCGAGGGGGCUUGUCAAACCGACGUGGGUGGGACAGUACUCUCCAACGGCAAACACAAGGAAAAUAAACACGGUUUUGUCAGCAUCCUUGCACAGCUGUGGUUCGACUUCCUUCAGUGCUAUUCUACAAAGCAGCUGGUUUACUGGUCACUGUGGUGGGCCUUGGCUACAUGUGGAUACAAUCAAACAGUGAACUAUGUACAGGUGCUGUGGGAACAUAUAGAACCCUCUCAGAAUUUCACAGCAUACAAUGGAGGUGUGGAAGCAGUUUCAAGUCUCUUCGGAGCAGCUUCAGCCUAUGCCAUUGGCUUCACAGAAGUAGAUUGGACCAUGUGGGGGGAACUGGCCUUAGGCUUAUUCUCUGCCCUCAGUGCUGCUGCCCUGUACCUCAUGACAUUCACCGACAUCAUAUGGGUUUGCUACACAGGCUACACCGUGUUUAAGGCCUUGUACAUGCUGCUCAUAACCAUAGCCAUGUUUCAGAUUGCUGCUCACCUAUCCAUGGAACGAUACGCUUUAAUCUUUGGAGCAAACAACUUUGGCGCUUUAGUUCUUCAGACCAUUGUAACCGUCAUUGUUGUGGAUUCCAGAGGUCUGGGUUUGGACAUUAUUCCACAGUUUAUCAUUUACGGAAGCUAUUUUGCAGCUAUUGCUGCCCUGUUUCUCUUGAGAGGGAUAUACACUCUGGUUCACGAAAGAAGAAAACGCAAAAUGGAGGAGGUGCCCAAACCCAACCAAGGACGGGAUGCUGAAGACCUCGAUGGGGACAACAUUCUGGCACAGAGAUUCUGAUGCACGGGGUGUGGAACGUUGUCUAUACUGCUAUAACUGAUGCAUAGAAAGAACUUUCCUCUUAAAACAGGAAAGGGCAGGUUUUUUAAAUGCUCAGUUGUGUUCUGAUCUGGUGACUGAGAAGACCAUGACAUAUGGAUGAUAGCGUCACCUUCAUCAAGCUGUGUUUUGUCCUCAUGAAUACCAUUCCUCCUGGCAGAAAUGAAAUGUUGCAACAUCUGGUGAAGAUACCUCAGUAUGAAUGCGUAUUCACCCACUGUAGCCCCUUGCUGAUCAUUUCAGUUGCUCUGAGUUCCAUAUGGACAUCGCCUUAGACACGUUCUUGUGAAACAUCAGCAAUUUUGAAAUGUUUUGCAUAACUAAAGCCCCACAACAAUCACCCUUCUUUCAGAGUCACUGAGGUCUCCUCCUAAAGCCAUGCUGGCCAUAAUUACUGGUGACCACUCCUGUCCAGCAUUUUGAUACAAGACCGUAAAUAUGCUGGAUUAUUUGCUUAAUAAAUACAUUUGCCACACAUCUGUGUGGAACCCCUUGCUUUCAA